AUGAUGUCCUCCCGUGGCCAUCAACGCACAGCCCUGGAAUGUCGUAACAAAACCAAAGCCAUGCGUUUGGAGUACAAACGCGUGAUUGCUCACAAUUCCACCUCGGGCAACGGACCAGUCACCUGCCCAUACUUCAGGGAGCUGGACAGCAUAUUGAGAGGUGAUGCGAGUGUGAAGCCAAGAAGAAUUGCACGCAGCUUGAAUUUGGGUAUUGGUCCCCAGGAGCUGAUCAGGCCUGAUGUAAUCAUGGAGGGAUCAGAGGAGUUAUUUACCCAUGAUUUGGUGACCGUGGAUUCCACCCUCUUGAGAACCUCGUCACCAACGACCAUGUAUGAACAGAAUCACUCAACAUCGUCCACAGAUGUAGCAGAUGAUGACCUUGACCGCACCAUAGAUGGACUGGAAGACAAGGAGAAUGAUCCCCCCGGUGCCAAUGCUGAGGGUGAUGCGGACAGUGAAUCUGACCUGCCAAUGGGCCAUCGCUUGCGUGACAACAAUGGAAGAUUGAACGCAUGUUUGGCAGAACUUUCUCCGGGGACAAGGUUAAACCAAAUCAGAAACAGGAAGAGGCGUAACGCGGCACUAUAUGGCGUGGCAGACCAAAUGAUGAACCGGUCUCGCCAGGAACAUGACGCUCAUCUCGCAGAGUGGAGGAUUGACAGAGAGGUCAUGUGUGAAUGGAGGUCGGAUGAGAGGCGGCUCCAGAGAGAGUUUUUGGAGCAGGCAAGGUCAGAAAGUGACAACUUUGCUAGGGCAUGGCAACAGAACAUUGCUGUGAUGACUGAUGCUGUCCAAACAUUGAAAGCACUUGGAGAGAUGCUCACAAGUCAGCGCCAGCAACCACUUGUCACGCAAGAAACAGAACAGUUGUCUCAGGACGUUUUAACUGUCUCUAACAGGCACACCAACAGCAGACGGUCAUGCGUUGGCAAACCUAGAGAUAGGCUGACCCUCUGAACAUUGUGCCGUGUCGUUCUGUGAUGAGUCUUUGGUUUUA